AGAUGUUUCGGUCGAUUAAAACCCAUUUCAAUCAAUUUAUUUGGUAAAAAUUCCAAGUGUCACGGGGUGGAAUUUUAUCAAGGCAAAGGCGAAGAAGGACCUGACCUGUGCUCACAAAAUGGUGUUAUCGACGAUUCUUUCCAAAAAGACGAUCAAGCCCUCCUCUGCCACCCCUGCUUCACUUCGACGUCACAAUCUCUCUUUCAGUGAUCACAUGGCUACUCCUGCAUAUGCUCCAAUGGCCGUCUUAUACUCUAAACCAUCGGAAAAUAAUGUAAGCCAGAUUCUUGAAAACUCGCUUUCAAAAGUAUUAGUCUUUUAUUAUCCCCUUGCUGGAAAAUUAAUCAUGGAUGAUAAAUGUUCCUAUGUCGAAUGCAAUGACAUAGGUGCUGAGUUUUUAAACGUCCGAGUCAGUUGUCCAAUGUCUGAAAUUCUCAACCAUGCUACUGAUAUAGUGUACCCCCAUGAUUUGCCUUGGAGGACUCUUAGUUCCUUCAAUGAAAGAAGUCUACUAGUGGUCCAAUUAAGUCAUUUCGAUUGUGGUGGAAUAUCAAUCAGUGUAUGCAUAUCACAUAAGAUUGUUGAUGCAUAUAGUAUCUCUAUGUUCCUUAAUGAUUGGGCUGCUAUAACUCGAGAGUCGGAUUUCAAACCAUCUCCUCAGUUUGAUGCAAAUUCUUUCUUCCCACUAAUGGAUGAUCCUCCGAUAUACGUUGUACCAGAUUUUUUACGUGGUCAACAUCAACCAUGUGUGUCAAGAAUGUACCAUUUCUCAUCCUCUAGUUUAGGCAGACUCAAAGAUACAGUUUCAACGAACUCAGAAGUGCAGAAUCCAACUCGAUUUGAAGUUGCCAUAGCUCUUAUUCAUAAAUGUGGAAGGGAAGCAUCAAAGGCGAAUAAUUCCGGUUUGUUUAAACCAUCUUUAUCGUGCCAUCUAAUGAAUUUACGCCCACCAUUGCCCCUAAACACCAUUGGAAAUGGUGUACAUUUCUUUAACACAAUAGCAGUGACAGAAGAUGAGAUACAAGUGCCCCACUUCGUUGCUCAGAUACGCAAGGCUAAACAACAUCUUCGAGAUCAGCUAGCCUCACGUUCACUUAUGGAAAUCAAAUUAGAGCCAGAGGGUGCAAACAUAAUGGAACGUGAAUAUGAUUUUUAUCUGUGUGCUAGCUUGUGCCGUUUAGGGUUAUAUAAGGCUGAUUUUGGAUGGGGUAGCCCUACAAGGGUGACCCCACCAAAAAAUCCAAUGAAGAACAACUUAACUUUCUUGGAUGACCCAAAUGGAGAUGGGAUAAAUGCACUAGUCACUUUGACAGAAGCUGAUAUGUCAAUAUUUCAGAGUAACAAAGAGCUCCUAGAGUUUGCUGUUCCUCUUGUUUAAAGGCCAUCUUGCCAAACUAGCCAUUAUGUGUGAUCUUCCUAUCCUAACUAUUGUUCUUUUUUUUUUUUUUUUUUUUUUUUUUUCGAUUAAUCAGUUGCAUGUAUAUAUCAACGUUUACAUGGCUUACUGUUUUGCUUUUGCUUGAAUGAAGCAAUAACAUUGGACCUUCUAACUUAGAACAAAUGGGAAAGAAGUCAUGUACCAUGUUUCAUGGUUGGGUAAAAAACAAUUUUCCAUUUGAUAAGUGAUUUUUGCGCUCUACAUCUUGCAACUUAUCCAAUUUUAGCCAUA